AUGGCACCUCAGACACCACAAACUCCCCCACUGGCACCCGCCAAUGGUUUUUCCUCCUCCACAAUAUCAACAACAACAACAACAACAACAACGAACGACGUAACCGACCAACAGCAACAAACAACAGGCAGCCCUCAGACCCUUCAGGAAUCAGACACCGUCAUCAUCGUCCGCGCACUCUACCCCUAUGUCUCCGAGGACCCCAACACCAUCUCACUCUCCUUCGAGGCCGAUGAUCUGAUCCAGGUCGUCACCCAGCUCGACUCUGGAUGGUGGUAUGGCUUCUGCAACCAGGCCCGAGGUUGGUUUCCCUCAAACUUUGUCGAGGAGAUCACCCAGUCCGACCUCGAGGACGACUCCGAGGAAGGCGACGAGGACGGAGGCGACAACAACGUCAACACCAAGGAAGUGCACGACCAUGACCAUGACCAUGAUACCAACAGCCAACAUGCCCAUGUUCUCGAGCACGACCUCGACGACCAAGACGCAACUGACUCGGACGAGGAAACGUCAAACGACGACCUAUGGUUGCCCCAGACAACUGCCGAUGGCCAACUCUACUACUUCAAUACCCGGACCGGAGACUCUUCCUGGUCCAUCCCAACUCCGGCCCUCAGCAAGAGGACGACAACACCAGCAACAAAUGUACAGCAACAAGACUCAAAAGAUAGCGCAUCUUCCACCACUCCUCUGGCUCCGCCCUCCCGUCCGAACCAUCACCGCAAUGACUCCAACGGUGCUUCUGUUCCUCACACCAAUGAAGAUCAUCGGUCAACCUCCUCCAGGCGUAGCAUUGCUGCCUCUAUCAGCAGCUCAACGCUCUCGGGCUCGGACACCAUCAAGGACAGCAUGACGCAUGACCAACUGCGCCAAAACGGUGGGAGUAAUGGCCAGGUCACUGCGAGUUCUCGCGCAAUGGGGUCCGCUCAGGAACUGACCGGAACUGAAAGUCACACGGGAUCCAGUCGUUCUAGUUCAUGGCAGGCGUCUGCUGUACCGACCAGAGUCGGCUCUCCCCAUUCACAAGACGGACUUUUGAAUCACACCCAGACCUCCUCCGCGGCCCACGUCCGUAAACCUUCCUCCACAGGAGCCCCAGGCGUCGGUGAUUCUGCCGAAGGUCUGCCACCACUGCCUGUCGUCUCCAACCCUCUGGACCCUACACCAACCUGGGCCUCGCUGGAAGAACAUGCCUCAGCUACACUCCUGAACUUGGUCCAUUCGUCCGAUAACGGAUACAAAUCUUACUACCAGAUUCAGGCUGCCCAGGUCGUAGAGUCCAUUCGUGUAAUGUUUUAUGCGUCGGGAAUGAUUGACAAGGAUUCGGCCCCGAUUCGUCUGCACGGAGACUUGAAGGUGUUCCAUCGCCAGAUCAUGGCAGCCCUCUCGAGACUGAUCCUCUCAGCCAAGAUGGCGUCCAGUGUCUGGCCUCCGGAAGGUUCUGUCGCCAAGAUGCGCUCAGAUGCUGGAGAAGUCGCCACCGCAGUCCGUGAGUUCAUCAUCGCCGCCCAGAAUGCCAAUGUGACGGUGCACGAUGUUGAUGCCAAAUUGGUUGCAGAUCCCGACAGUACCGCCAACGCAACUCACGGCUUAAGGCAUUCUCAGAAACUAGUCAGAUCUCUCUCAACCGUGUCUCGGCCUUCAUUGGAUAGUGGGGAUCGGAGCUUUGCCAAUGGUAGCGCUGGUGGAAAGUCGAGCACCAUCGCAUCAUCGACUGUCUUAACGCCCCUCGAAUAUUACUGCAAGAGCGCGUGUCGAGCCAUUGGAGUUCUAUCGUUGCAAAUCACCAAAGCUGUGGAUAACGUUCAAGGAUCUGCUCUGCAGUCAGGAUCUAACAUCAUGAACUCUGCCCAGUCGUCACAACUCGUCACACAAUGCCACAACGCCAUCUCCCACACUGGAUCUCUGCUAGCUCUAGUCAGCGAAUACUAUGCGACGGUGUUUGCCGAACAUCCAGAUAUCAAGGAUCAUAUUCUGUUGGACGUUCGCGUAUCAAAGCAGGCACUCUACAACAAUGUCGCCUCGUUGGUCAUGGCUGUACAGUUGGCAACCGACCCCAUGGCGCGCAUGAGUGUUCUCGAAAUGGCAUUGGAGGCAACGCAAACUGCAGAGCGCUCGGUCCAGGACCUCACGGCCGCUACACGAGCACUGGCAAUGGCGAGCGAUGAGAUGGAGAAGGGCACAAGGACAAGGAGCGCCUCAGAGGCCAACAUCAGCAGCAGCGAUAGCUUUUUGAUGCUGGAGGAUUCGGAUCUGGAAGGCGACACCAUCAAGGGAAGUAACUCGCGACACCGCCGAUCAGAGUCACGACUCUCAUCGUUCUCGUCCGGGUCCUCCGCUGCCCACUCAAUGGCUUCCGGAGCUUCGGGAGCUGACACUUUUAGCCGUUCAAACGCCGCUAUCUAUGGCUCUUCUCAAGGAUCGUCCGCUGUGGUCGAGAUUGCAGCCGCCAACACUGGACGUGGGCCUAUCGCUGGUACUCCCUCUGACCGUGACCAACAACGCGCUCGCGGUCUCAAGCUGAAGAAGAUGUUUGGAGAGGAUGUGGUCCUGACAGGACCCAAGAUUCCCAAGCCAGUCGAAAUCCCUUGGUUCCUCCAGCACGAUCACUCCACAACCGAGAUUUCAUUCAACAUGGAGGGUCUUGUGAAGGGUGGUACCCUCUCAGCUUUGGUGGAGCGGUUGACUUUGCACGACAGUAUUCCUGCCAGCUUUGUUGCAACCUUCUUGUUGACCUACCGAUCCUUUACCACAACCACCGAGUUCUUCAACCUGCUUUUCCACCGCUUCACCAUCGCACCACCGACGGGACUUGAUGGUCAGGACUUGGUCCAGUGGACCGAACGCAAGCUGACGCCGAUUCGUCUCCGUGUCUUCAACACCAUUAAAACUUGGCUCGAGACCUUCUAUAUGGAGGAUGAGGUGGAAGACCGACAGAUGCUGCCAAAGAUCAAGGAGUUUUCGAGUCUGAUGCGCCAUUCCAUGCAGUUCGCCGCGGUUCAAAUCAUCAAGUUGGUCGAGAAACGCGAGGCCUCGGAUGGAUCUCUCCGGAAGAUGGUCUUGAACCUGACGACACAGGCCCCUCAACCCAUCACCCCUCGCAACCUGAAGAAGAUCAAGUUCUUGGAGCUGGACCCCCUCGAGUUUGCUCGCCAGUUGACCAUCAUGGAGGCUAGCGCCUACAACAAGAUCAAACCUGUCGAGUGUCUUGCCAAGGCCUGGACGAGUGAAGAUCCUGAGAUUGCGGCCAAGGCUGUGAACAUCAAGAGGAUGAUUGAGACGGCCAACUUGUAUGCCAACUGGAUCAACGAGCUGGUUCUUAAUGAGAAGGAUACCAAGAAGCGUGCCCUCAUCAUCCGUCAACUUGUCGCUGUUGCUGAGAAAUUGCGCCAGCUCAACAACUUCAGUUUGCUCUACGCAACAACCGCCGCUCUGGCCCUUUCCCCAAUCCACCGCCUCAAGCGGACCUGGGAACUGGUCCCUGCCAAGGUCAUGAACACCUACGCCACCCUCCAGGCCGUCACCAACUCUGCAAAGUCCUGGACUGAUUACCGUCAAGAACUCCAUUCUGCCAACCCACCCUGUGUCCCCUUUGUCGGUGUUUACCUUACCGAUUUGGUCAUGAUCCAGGACGGAAACGCGGAUUUCUUGAAAGGCGCCGAGCAUCAUAUUAAUUUCGCCAAGCGUGUUAGUACCGCUGAGGUCAUCCGUGAGAUCCAGCAGUACCAGUCGGUGCCGUAUUGUUUGACGACUGUUCCUGAGAUCCAGGCUUUCAUUCGUAGGGGUUUGGAUCAGUCCAAGCCUGUUAACGAGUUGCAUGAGCUCAGUCUAGAAUUGGAGCCAAGGGAAGGCGAAGAGGAGAAGAUAACUAGACUGCUUGCCGAGGCCGGAUUCUUGUAA